GAGACACCGGGUUUGGUAUUCCGAGAGGUGGUGAGUUUUUCUCACUAACCACUAUUUGAGCACAGUUUCUUUUUCCUUUUCUUCUUCUUCUUCUUUUUUUAAGGAACUAAGCUGUUCAUCUGAGCGUCACCCACUCUGAACGGCACCUCGGAUCUCCCGAGGCGCUUCUGGAUAAGGCAGCACCAGCCUCGGGGACCCGGCGCCGCCCCACGAGGCUUCCGGGAAAGGCGGGCGCGCCGGGCCCCGGCUGCGGCAGGAAAUCAUGGCGGCUGAUGACGAUAACAGAAAACAAGUUCUUCAGGAGGAUUGGCCGGAUGAAAAAUUUAUGAAAGAUGAACAAAAUGAGAGGUUGAUUGCUGAAAUUGCAAAGGAAAAUAUUCAGCUAAAGGAGGAGAUCCAAAAGCUCGAAGCUGAGUUACAAGUGACCACCAAGAGCUCCCAGAUUAAAGAGGAUAUUCCUGCCACUAAGGUGAAAUUCACAUCUGCAGAGACUCCCAAUGAUGACAGCCAGCUUUUAAAUGUCUCCUGUUCCUUUCAAAUGAACUUGCAAGCUCAUUAUGAGCUAGAAAAAGGACAAGCGCUCAUCACCUUUGAAAAAGAAGAAGUUGCCCAAAAUGUGAUCAAAAUGAAGAAACAUCAUGUGCAGAUAGAGGAUGUAAAUGUCGAGGUUAUGGCCAAGCCGGUUCCAUUAACAUCAGGAGUCCAAUUCCAGGUUUGUGUAGAAGUAUCUAAAGUGAAGAUCAAUGUUACUGAAAUUCCUGAUGAAUUGCCUGACAAUCAGAUGAGAGACAAGCUAGAACUGAGCUUUUGUAAGUCCCGACACGGAGGAGGAGAGGUGGAAUGCGUGGAGUACGAUAAGCGGUCUGGAAGUGCUGUCAUCACGUUUGUGGAAACUGGAGUUGCUGACGAGAUUUUGAAGAAGAAAGACUAUCCUCUUUAUACAGAUCAUAGCUGCCAUAGAGUUACUGUUUCUCCGUACAUAGAAAAACACUUGAAAAAGUUUCAGGUAUUUUCAGGAAUAUCUAAGAGGACGGUGCUUCUGACUGGAAUGGAAGGCCUUGAUAUGAUGGAUGAAGAAACUGUGGAGGAUUUAGUUAGCAUUCACUUUCAACGGGAGAAGAAUGGAGGUGGUGAAGUCGAUGUGGUCAAAUGUUCUCUAGGUCAACCUUACAUAGCAUACUUUGAAGAAUAGACUCAUGAGAUCAUAGCAAAAUUGGAGCUUCUGAGCCCAAAUCACUGUCACUGUUUGACAAAAAUGAGUAUCCUUUUCCUUAAAAAAAUGAAAACUUUAAUUCUUUACUAUCAUUUAUUUUUAGAUACAAAAUAUGUUUCCACAUUUUUGAAUUCUUCUUUCUUUCAAACUGUGCUGCAUGUUCACAAAUGCAAUAAGUGCACUGAAUUAAAAAGAGUUUUGUUAAUAAA